UGAUGGUGCUGGCUGGUACCGCGAAGGCCAUGGAGUGACGGGAAGGGCCCCAUUCGGCGUCCGCCGGUUCCCCCCCGCGCCUGAGCUCCGUCGCUCCGCUUGUGCCCCGCUCCGCAGACGCCGUGUUUUACCUCUAUCUUUCAAAAUCAUCAGCGUCGCAAUAAAGUGGCAAAAAUGACGGAGUUCUGGCUGAUUUCUGCUCCUGGGGAAAAAACAUGUCAGCAGACAUGGGAGAAGCUGUGUGCAGCAACCAUAAAAAAUAACAACCUUUCUACCAAUGCAAAGUUUAACAUUCCGGAUUUAAAGGUUGGUACCCUUGAUGUGUUAGUUGGCUUGUCUGAUGAGUUGGCUAAACUGGAUACAUUUGUGGAAAGUGUUGUCAAGAAGGUGGCACAGUAUAUGGCUGAUGUGCUGGAAGACAGUAAAGAUAAAGUUCAGGAAAACCUUCUGGCCAAUGGAGUUGAUUUGGUCACCUACAUAACAAGGUUCCAGUGGGACAUGGCAAAGUAUCCAAUCAAGCAGUCUCUGAAGAAUAUUUCAGAAAUAAUUGCCAAGGGAGUGACUCAGAUUGAUAAUGACCUGAAGGCAAGGGCGUCUGCAUACAACAACCUGAAAGGCAACCUUCAGAACUUGGAAAGGAAGAAUGCGGGAAGUUUGCUAACCAGAAGUCUGGCUGAAAUUGUAAAGAAAGAUGACUUUGUACUUGAUUCUGAAUACUUGAUUACGUUGCUAGUGGUUGUACCAAAGAUAAAUUAUAAUGACUGGAUGAAGCAGUAUGAAACUUUAACGGAUAUGAUAGUUCCACGAUCCAGCAAUGUUCUUUCGGAGGACCAGGAUAGUUAUCUCUGUAAUGUCACCUUGUUCAGGAAGGCCGUGGAUGAGUUCAGACACAAAGCCAGGGAAAACAAGUUUAUGGUCCGCGACUUUCAGUAUAAUGAAGAAGAGAUGAAGGCAGACAAGGAAGAAAUGAACAGGCUGUCUACUGAUAAGAAGAAACAGUUUGGGCCUCUAGUACGAUGGCUGAAAGUAAAUUUCAGUGAAGCUUUCAUUGCGUGGAUUCAUGUGAAAGCGCUGAGAGUCUUUGUUGAAUCAGUUUUGAGGUAUGGUUUGCCAGUGAACUUCCAGGCUAUGCUCCUUCAGCCCAACAAGAAAACAAUGAAGAAAUUGAGAGAGGUUCUGUAUGACUUGUACAAGCACCUUGACAGCAGCGCAGCAGCAAUCAUUGAUGCAACUAUGGAUAUUCCAGGUUUGAACCUCAGUCAGCAAGAAUACUACCCCUAUGUGUACUACAAGAUAGACUGCAACUUGCUCGAAUUUAAGUAGAUGACAUCUGACCCUGACCAUCCUCACAUAAUAUUGGUGUCUAAGAAGAAAAGGUUGAAGAAUGGUGAUGCUCCUAACUCUCUCCUGUAAACCUGUGCUUGCUUGCUUCCUCCCUCGCAUAGGAGAAUAAUCCCCAUAGUGGUCCAUCCCUUUGACAUUUUCUUUUAAAAGAGAAAUGUAAGUAUCACUUUUAAAUUGAUCAGGUCUGUAAAUGUAUAUUGAGAGAAUCAGAGUGUAUUUAUAAAUAGUCCUUAUUUAAAAAAAGUUUUUAAAGGGUCAUUCCUCUUUCGUACCGUGGUCUGCAUCAAUUCCAUUGACUAUCCUCCGGGAAGAACUUGUUUACAAAGGAAGAUUGUGGGGAGAAAACUUAAUGCCAUUUUGUUCACCGUGUUUCAUAGAUAUAAAACUUGUAAACAUUGUUAUUGAAUUGUGAUGUAAAAUAUGUGGAGAUUGAUAUUCCGUCUGUGCUUUCUGAAUGUUUUAAACUUAUGCACUGGAAACAUUCACAGGAGAAAAAUAAAAGCACCUGUACUACUGUAUUGAC